CUUUAUUUUGGUCUGGCGAAAUGACGUCAAACAGCUGCGCCGUGCUCCUGCGGUGAUUCGGUUGAACAAUUGUUUCUGUUGUUUACCAUGGAAAACGGGAGAAACAUCUGAGAUCUUCGUGAUGCUAUUAUAACAUGGCAUUGAUUAAACAGGAGAGUGAAGACAUCAAAAUUGAAGAAGUGUUCUGUGUGAAAACUGAAGAAACCGAGGAACAAAUAGAUUUCAAAAUGACUCGAAGGAAGUUCAAGCCUUGCCCCUCCUGCCAAGCACCUAACCAGGUGAGCCGCAAAACCUGCAUCUCUUGUUUCACAACCAUCUCCAAUAAAGGCAAACUAAUGGCCAAAAAAGUGUCCCUGGAUAGGGAGUGGGGCGAAAGGGUCCUAAAAAAUAGAAAUGCAGGAAGAGUGGUGGACUCUGCCAAUAUUGCAGUGAAAAAACUAAGCGCAUUGGGCUAUCUCCCUAUUCUUUUUUUUGCAAAAAAAGAUAAGACUGGAAAGCGGGUGGCCGAUGUGGUGACCCAUCUGCCACCCACUGAGGAUAAUCAAAAAAUUCUGGCUACCAUGAGAAUGGCCUACAAUUUUGUAUUGAUCAAACAAGGGAACACAACAACAUUAUUACCAGAGCCCCAGCAUCAGGGCCAGCCCAAGCCCCAGCAUCAGGGCCAGCCCGAGCCCCAGCAUCAGGGCCAGCCAGAGCCCCAGCAUCAGCAUCAGGGCCAGCCCGAGCCCCAGCAUCAGGGCCAGCCAGAGCCCCAGCAUCAGGGCCAGCCCGAGCCCCAGCAUCAGGGCCAGCCAGAGCCCCAGCAUCAGGGCCAGCCCGAGCCCCAGCAUCAGCAUCAGGGCCAGCCAGAGCCCCCGCAUCAGAGCCAGCCCGAGCCCCAGCAUCAGCAUCAGGGCCAGUCCGAUCUCCAGCAUCAGGGCCAGCCCGAGCCCCAGCCUGUCUCUCUCCCUCUGAAGGAACAACCACCCUCCUCCAAAAAAAGAAAGUGUUAUCAGAAAUUUAGUAGUCAACAAAUCCUCAAAUAUGACCCCAUUACAGGAAGAAAGAUAAAUGAGGGGCAAGCAGAAGUUAAGGUGGAAUUGUUACCUUGCUCUGAAUCUGGAAAUAUCUUGGAGGAGACAUGGGAGCCGGCCUUCCAGUUCCCAUCAGAUUUCAAAAUUAAUCGAAGGAAGUUCAAGCCUUGCCCCUCCUGCAAAUUUUCUAACCAGGUGAGCCGCAAAACCUGCAUCUCUUGUUUCACAACCAUCUCCAAUAAAAGCAAACUAAUGGCCAAAAAAGUGUCCCUGGACAGGGAGUGGGGCGAAAGGGUCCUAAAAAAUAGAAAUGCAGGAAGAGUGGUGGACUCUGCCAAUAUUGCAGUGAAAAAACUAAGCGCAUUGGGCUAUCUCCCAAUUCUUUUUUUUGGAAAAAAAGAUAAGACUGGAAAGCGGGUGGCCGAUGUGGUGACCCAUCUGCCACCCACUGAGGAUAAUCUAAAAAUUGUGGCCACCAUGAGAAUGGCCUACAAUUUUGUAUUGAUCAAACAAGGGAACUCAACAACAACAUUACUAGAGCCCCAGCAUCAGGGCCAGCCCGAGCCCCAGCAUCAGCAUCAGGGCCAGCCCGAGCCCCAGCCUGUCUCUCUCCCUUUGAAGGAACAACCAUCCCCCCCCAAAAAAAGAAAGUGUUGUCAGAAAUGUGACCCCAUAACAGGACAAAGGAUAAAUGAGGAGCAAGCAGAAGUUAAGGUGGAAUGGUUACCUUGCUCUGAAUGUGGAAAUAUCUGGGAGGAGACAUGGGAGUCGGCCUGCCAGUUCCCAUCAGAGCUCACCACAGACAGAAUGGCACAUACUAGAACUGUUCCAAGAUUCAGCUUCCAAGGACGACUUUCUGGAAAACAGCGAGGGAAACCAGGACAGCAUAUUACAGCCUCCAAUAACACCAGAGCAACAGCCCCUCUCACCUGACACGUUAUCCCUCUCUCCAGCAUCUUCACUUCUGUGCUUUUUAGAGAAAAUGGAACAACUGGUGUAUGCUGGAACCUCCUGGAUACCAACUCACAGUGAUAUGUGUCGGGUCCCCGCUAUGAAAACAGUAACUUUCUCAAAUGUUUUCAGAACAACCGGGAACCCAGUGUGCAUGUAUCUUUCUCUAUUGCUGUUCAAAUACAUUAUAGAAAGUCUAGGCCUUCAAAAGCCGUACAGCAAACCCAUCUAAUGAGGUACCUUUUAUACGCCAAGCUAAGAUUGCUGUGGGGACAAAAAGUAAGAUUGUUAAGUUAGCACUUUUAAACAUCCGCUCACUUAAAAAUAAAUCACUUCUAGUCGACGACUUAAUAACCACAUACAACUUGGAUUUCAUGUUUCUAAAUGGAACUUGGCUAGAAGACAGCUGUAGUGCAACAGUCUUCAACGAAACAUGCCCUCCUAACUUUACUUUGAAGUUAAAGUGUCUGAGUGACACUUUAACUCAAAACACUGGUGUACUAUUUAUGGAGACUAUAUCUUUAACACCAAGCAUAUCUGCUGACUGUUGAUUUUCUCCUUCUAUUCUUUUAACUCAAAAGUGAAGAGUGUAAUUGAUUAUAUUGCUCCUGUGAAAGGAAGAAUAGUAAACAAAAGCACCUUGGAGAAACUCAACAGCAGUGCAAAAUAUGAAAAGACAAUGCAGAAGAGCAGAGCGCAUGUGGCGGGAGACAAAACAUGUAGUCCAUUAUAACAUCUACAAAGACAGCAUCCAUGCUUUGGUGAACUAGGCAAAGCUAGACAGACUUUCUUCUCAAUUAUUAUAAACAGCAAUAUAAACAACACACACACUCUUUUUGCUACUUUAGAGAGACAGACAAACCCCCCAAGCCAGAUUCCCAUAGAAAUGCUCUCAGAAAGCAAGUGCAGUGAGUUUGCUUCUCUCUUCUCUGAGAAAAUCAAUAAUAUCAGAAAGGUGAUCAGCACAUCCUUGAGUUGCUCUGGGGUCAGGCAGAUCAGACCACAACCUGAGAAAGUAGUUACUAUGUCUGAUUUUAAAUAAAUUGAAGGCACAAUUUUGGAAGAAACCAUACAGCAUCUUAAAACAUCAACCUGCGCCCUUGACGCAUCUCUCACAUCUUUUUUCAAAAGUGUGUUAAACUGUUUAGAAGCAGAUCUCCUAGAAG